AUGGGAAGCAUUAAAAGAAAUAAAAAUCAACAUGAAAACACUCAACAUGAAGAAAAGAAUAAAUUAACCGCCUUCGAACACAAUGACGUAGUAUUCUUCAAGCACAAGGAGAAAAACAAAAUAGGAAUUGGAAGAGUAGUCAAUGUCUACACAGAACUCAAAAUUAAUGAUAUUCUUUUAACAUCCGAUGAUAACAUAACCCUGGCCGACUACAUCAAAAUAUUGAACAAUAUAAAUAAUAGAAAGUAUGUUCAAAAAUACAUAGCAAAUCUAAGCAGCAAAAAUGUAGGCAACACCACAUACCAAGCUUCUAAUUCCAAUUCAAAUGAAAGAAUCAAUUGUAAGCAUUUCGGGAAGCAGCAAAAACACAACUAUAAAUAUGCCGGUUUGAAGGGAAAAGAUAAAGCAAAACAAAUACACGCCAACACAAGAACGGGAAUCAAUAAGAACAACAUCAACACAAAAAUGAGUAGCAAUAAGAACAACGCCAACAAAAAAACUGGUAUCAAUAACAACAACGGCAACAAAAAAACUGGUAUCAAUAACAACAACGCCAACACAAAAACUGGUAUCAAUAAAAACAACGCCAACACAAAAACCAGUAUCAAUAACAACAACGCCAACACAAAAACCGGUAUCAAUAACAACAACGCCAACACAAAAACCAGUAUCAAUAUCAAUAACAACAACGCCAACACAAAAACCGGUAUCAAUAACAACAACGCCAACACAAAAACCAGUAUCAAUAACAACAACGCCAACACAAAGACCGGUAGCAAUAAGAACAACGCCAACACAAAAAUCGGUAUCAAUAACAACAAGGCCAACACAAAAACAGGAAUCAGUAACAACAACGCCAAGAACUCUGAGUUCAAGGGCGAAAUGAAAAAAACAUGUAGUACAAAAAAAGAGCACACAGAAGAUACUGCCUUUAUGCAUAGUAACAACAUAAGGAACUGGGUAAUGCGCAACCCUGAUGAAAAAAGAGAAGCCAGUAAAUUAUUCUAUAUUGUCCAAUCAUUAGAAAAUUAUAAAUACAUUUUACAAGACAAAAAAGCCUUCAAACAUUAUAAAAUAUUUACUGAUAAGAAGUGGCCACUCAUCAAAGCUCUCUUCUGCAAAAACAUAGAAAAUGAAGUCAGCUUCGUUCUCGCCGUGAAAUUAUUGGAACUUAAAAAGGUAUACGCGAACAAUGUAAAUUUACAAAAUGUUAUGAUAAAUAAUUUGAUGAAAAUUUAUAAAAGUGAAAAAGAUCUCCAUGUAGAUCACCUUGUCUUAAAUUUUAUAAAAAAAUCAGACGUCCGAAUCAUAUUGCAGAAUAAUGUCCUCAUAACUAAUGAUGACUUUAUUGAAAUUUCUUCAAGGUACAAAAAGGAGAAAGAAGCGGACACCGAACGAAAGUUGUCCCACUCGAGCAAGGUUGAUGCCCAUCUGGAUGAAUCAAAUGCAACCACCGAGGGGGAAAUGACGCAUUUGUGGGGUUCCCAAAGAGGAAUUUGCGGGAGCAGUAAAGUGGGAAGCGAUUACAACAACGAGAUAAACACGCCCCAUAAGGGGGGUCAUGUGGAUGCCCAACAGAACGAUAUGCAUCACACAAGUAAUGUAGACUAUUUCAGCAAGGGCCCCCUUGAUUGGGGGACCAAGCACAACCUUAACUUUGGGAAGAAGCGCCCUCCCAAGUAUGCGAUGAAGUAUCUCAUUCAUUACGGGAUGAAGCAACCAGCGGAUUCCCCCCUCUACAGCGACGACCAAGAAGGCUCCCGCAAAAUGGACAAAAAAGACAACAUGAGCCUCCAAAAGUGCACAAGGAAAAGAAAAGUAAUAGAGGGAGAAACGUAUCAAUACGAAUUGAAAGGAAAACUACUGGCCAAGUUUAAGUCCCCACAGGGGGUUACAUACAGAGGAUGCAUUAAAAGCAUUUGCAAAGGUAAAAAUAGCAUUCUUUCCUACUUCUUAAUAGUUCCCUCUUUUUUCUGGUUCAACGAUUCUUACUACUUCUCUUGCUUAAACAUCGAUAUGGACAUUUUUCAACUUUUGGAAAUAAUCAAAAUUGUUGAUAACUCACGGAAGAAACAAAUAGAAAGCAUAUCUUUAUCCAAGUACAAAAGUUUGAGGAGAAUUUACCACUCUAUGUAUAACCCUAAUCCUAAUGGGGUCCACAGCUUCUUACGAAAGGGGGCGGCAACAAAUAAUAAGCCCGUGAAAUUCCGGGUGCGUGGCCCAAUGGGGGAAAUAGCGAAAAACACAAGAAGGCGCAAAAGGCUUACACUACAAGUGAAGCUAGGCAACAGAAACAGAAAAAAACUUGGCAUACACAAACCGUUAAAGCUUAGUGUCACCAAGAAAAAAACACGAAGGGAAGUUAGGAAAAGGAAAAAGGGACAGGAAGAAUGCCUAGAUGGUAAGUCUGGUAGAGGGUUAAAAAUUAAGAAGCGAAAAAAGGAAGUGGUGCAGCCAGAAGUAACCAAAAAAAAGCAAAAGGGGAGAAAGAAGAAAGUAGUACCAAUUCAAGAGGAGAGAAACGGGGAAGAGGUGAAAGAAGUUAAGGGGAUCCCAGAUCUAGAAGAAGUCAAAAUGAAAAAGGAAAUGGAACAGGAGACAGGGCACAAAAACGGAGAAGAAGUGCGCCACAACAACGAAAAGAAGAUAACCCACGAGAACGAAACCAAGGCGAACAACAACAAACCAGAAACGAAGCCCCUUUGCAAAUCGCCACACGAUCUGGAUGGUAAUAACCCAACCAAACCCAUGCAGGAUUCAUCCACAAAGAGGUCCUUCUUCAAAAUAAGCAAGGAAAAAACAAACAGGUACCUUACGAAAUUUGCAUAUUUCUUUAAAUUUUCGCUGAGCAGCAAACAGAAAUUUAAGCAGGAUGAUGAAGAGGGUAAAGAAGGAACUGAGCCCCAAACGAAUGGAAGCCGAGAUGCACAUGACAAUAGCUACAUGAAGGAUGAUAAAAAGGUGACAACAAUUAUGACGGACACGCAUGUGAACGAGAACAACAUAAAUGUAAUUGCCAAGGUGAAUGAGGAGAGGGAGGACGUGAACUUUAGAAAAGAAGAUCCAGAUGACAAGACUCCUAACAGAAAUUCCAAUCAGGGAUGUGCAAAUAUGAAUGAAGUCACAGGGGACGCAGAUGAUCAAAUGGAAGAUCCGGAUAAGACACUUCUGAGUAAAUUAAUUGAAAGUGAUAAAGAGCUAGAGAAACACAGCCAUCUGGAUCCCCCCUCCGUGGGUAAAGGAAGCGGAGACGAGAUGCACAAACAUGUCAGCUAUCAUCAACAAAAUGUGGAUGAAAAUGGAGUAACAAUAAGCGACCAUAAGGAACACUUAAAUGACAAUGAGGGUAACACCCCUAGUGCAGUUAUUGAAGAGGGAGUUCUAAAGGAUAAUCCUAAACAGCUACAAGGCACAGUGGAACCUUUAUAUCAGCACAUGGACCAAAUGGGCAUUACAAAUGAGGAGAAAAUUUUUAAAAAAGAAAAUUUUGGAGACCUCAAUGAAGUUAACGAUGCAAAACCUACAAAUUACAAAAGUGACAUUCUGGGCGAUAAAAGAGAUUCACUCAAUAGCGGCAGUAGAAGCUAUCAGAACGAAUCAACAACUAGCCAAAAUUCCUAUGAAAAGAAGGAAGCAGUGAACUGUGAGAAUGUAUGCGACAGGAACGAAUUCAAGGCUAGCCCAAAGUACGACGAAAAGAUGGAACAGACGAUCGGAGGAGUAACUAGCGAAGUGAACGAUCCGAUGAACGGCGCACUUACGAGCUUCUCGAAUGAUCCGAUGAAUGGAGCAAUUAUGAGUUUCUCAAACGAACAGAUGAACGAAACAAUAAUUAGUGACACAAAACAUGUAGAUAACGGAUCGAAAACGUAUCUCACAAAGGUGAGUAACACAAACAACCUUGUGAAAAAACAACCAGAAGAAGGAAAUCAUUACAAUUUCACAGUACACAUAAACCUCUCAAAUCAAAAUGACACGCCCAUAAUGUGUAGGACCACGCAGGCCUACUGCAACGACUACUGUGAGAACAAACUCGCCGAGCACAUAAAGAAAUUCCUAGACGAUGAAAAAAUUAAAAAAAUUGAAAGGCUGUACAAAUUUUGCAAAGAAGACAUAAACAUUUUACUAUACGUUUACGUCAUGCAUAUAUAUGUGAACAAAUUAUGCAAAAACGUAAUUGUAAAAGUAUUAAAUCCCAAGUGUAAAAAUGUGAAAAAAAAAAAAUAUCCUGAUAACGACUUCAUUUUAACCCCCCUGAUAGGGUACUCGUACUCGAAUUAUUACUACCUAAAAAUAAAUAGAAGGAAAAGAAAAACGAAAAUGAAAACGAAAAAAAAAGCAGAAAAAAAAACCAGGAAAAAAAUGAAAGCAAAAAUAAAAACGGAAAAAAAAAUAAAAACAGAAAAGAAAAUCGAUAGGAGAUUCAAACUAAUUAAGAAAACUUUGAUAACAAAGAAAAGGAGAAGGAGAAAAAAAAAAAAAAUAGAACAAAAAGAAAAAUUAACAGAACAAACCAGAACAGAAGUUAAAACAAGGAGGAAAACAACUCGCAAGAAGAAAAGUGACCUUUUAAGUGACACAUACAUGAAGCCGAAAAGGUCUAGCUCUAGCUUGGAAAUAAUUUCAAAAAUGAAAAACACGGAUGACGAAACGUAUGGAAAAACAAAAAAUGUAAUAAAAUGUAUCACCAAAUUUGUAAAUUUUUAUUUAUGGGGUAUAUACAAUUGGAACUACAACAAGACGCUGCGCGUUUCUUUUAAUAACAUUUCGAAUAAAAAAAUAAGCAGCUUUGAUAUUUACAAUUUCUUCUUUUACAAUUAUGACACCAUCUCCAACUUAAAUGAAAUAAACAAAGACCUAAGCACAUUAAUAAGCAUUUACAAAAAGGUAAGAACUGUUUUGUAUCAAAAUUCGUCUAUAUAUGGGAAUUUAUUCUUAUUAAAACCGACGAACAGCAUGACCAGAACGCAUUCCGAUGAUGAGCUAAUAAAAUUCUGGCUAAGAACAUUAAGCGAGCUGCAUAAAAUCAGGGAAGGCUUCUGCAAAUUCUUUUAA